UCUCUCUCUCUCUUUAUGGGAAUCGUAUGCGACGGCACAACAUGGCACUUUCCAAGUGGAAAGAAAAACGACGAGACGACUCAUUCGGAAAGUCUUGGUCUGGAUCAGUAUCGUCGCUAUGACCCCAAGUCUGUUGGCGAACAACUGAACCUUCAUUUGGAGAAGAACAGCAUCUUCUAUAAGCUGGGUUCCUAUGGUCUCAUCACCUUCUCCGACUACAUUUUCCUGCUGACAGUGCUCUCAAUUUCCCGACGCCACUUUGAGAUUGCCUUCCGCAUGUAUGACCUGAAUGGCGACGGUGAUGUAGACUGUGAGGAAUUCGAGAUGGUGGCCACUCUGGUGAGAUCGCAGGCGAGCAUGCGUACCCGACAUCGUGAUCAUGCCAAUACGGGCAAUACCUUUAAGGGCGUGAAUUCCGCUUUGAUCACGUACUUCUUUGGCCCUAAUAUGGAUGAGAAGUUGACGAUUGAAAAGUUCUUGGACUUCCAAGAGCAGCUACAGCGUGAGAUCCUCUCUCUGGAGUUCGAGAGAAAAGAACCCAAUGAUGAUGGCAACAUCACGGAAGCUGAUUUCGCUGAGCUCCUUUUGGCCUAUGCGGAUUAUCCCUUGAAGAAGAAACAAAAGAAAUUGAAGCGUCGCUUCCGUGAUCAUGGCACGGGCAUAUCCAAGCAGGAUUAUCUGGACUUCUUCCACUUUUUGAACAACAUCAAUGACGUGGACACUGCCCUGACCUUCUACCACAUUGCGGGCAACUCCAUUGAUCAGCAAACGCUGCAGCAUGUAGCCAAGACAGUGGCUUUGGUCAAUCUAUCGGAUCACGUGGUGGAUGUUGUCUUCAUCAUCUUCGAUGAGAACAACGACAACCAGCUGAGCAACAAGGAAUUCAUUUCGGUGAUGAAGAAUCGCGUUCAACGCGGCCUGGAGAAGCCCAAGGAUACGGGUUUCCUCAAAAUGAUGCGUUCGGUGUUCAAGUGUGCCAAGGAGACCAAGCCCGUUCUCUUGGACAUAUAGUAAUGGGUUCGCGGGGGUCCUUUGUGGACUCUUCUUCUACUUGUGCCCCAAUCUUAGUCAUUUCUCCUACGCUUAUGGGUCUCUGCCUAAUUUAUGUUUUUUGUUUUUAAUUAUUCUCUACUGAAAUCGAUUUUAGCUUUAUCCCUAUCCUUGGGGGUUCUUUGACGAUGAUGAUUAUAUCUCUUGUAC